CUGUCCGAUGACGGUCCCUUCAACAAUCUACCUUGGGCUUUAAAGCAGGAAGGGUAAUUUCGACUAUCAGCAGAGCGGCUGCGUUUUAUCAUUUACGCGAGCUAAAAUUUAGCCCCCCGCAAGAUCGCCUCAGAUUACUGGAAAGUGUAAUGGCGCCCGCGCCAUGAUUUUCAUCUUCUAAUGGCGAUUUUCCUUAGAGCCAAAAAUGGCUUGUUAUCUCCUCUCAAAUCCCUAACCAACUUACAGAGGUUCAACUCUACUUUAACUGAACAAGCUCGAUUAUACCCUGGAAUGGGGGGCUCUGACUCUGGGUCUCAACGAAGUUCCAUUAUUGACAUGUCGAGAUGGAAAAAGAUAAAUGCAGGGCGUGUUGGCGUGACCCGUUCUAUGAUUCCAGCUUCCCUGUGGGUUGUUUUGAAAACUCUGCGUGGUAAAGGAUUUCAAGUUUACUUAGUUGGUGGAUGUGUGAGAGAUUUACUUCUUCAUAGAAUACCUAAAGAUUUUGAUGUGGUCACCACAGCUAAACUUAAACAGGUUAGGAAGCAAUUUCAUCUUUCUGAGAUUGUUGGACGACGAUUUCCCAUAUGCAGGGUGCAUAUCAAAAGUUCACUUUUUGAGGUAUCCAGUUUUGGGACAGUGGCAAAACAUGCUAAAGAAAAGGUACGUUUAUAUCAAAUGCCAAGUGGCUGUGAUGAAAAGGACUUCAUCUGCUGGAGAAAUAGCAUGCAUCGGGACUUCACAAUCAACAGUUUAUUCUUUGACCCUUUCAUGAAUCAAAUAUGUGAUUAUGCCAAUGGUUUAGCAGAUUUAAGGUCCUUAAAGCUACGAACCAUACUCCCUGCUCACUUGUCAUUCCAAGAAGAUUGUGCUAGAAUCUUGCGAGGGUUAAGGAUUGCUGGCCGUCUGGGACUGUCAAUUUCAAAGGAGACUGAAAUUGCAAUGCUUAAACUUUCAUCUUCUCUCAUGAGUUUGGACAAGGGGAGGAUAAUUAUGGAAUUGAACUACAUGCUAUCUUAUGGAGCUGCUGAAUCUACUAUCUGUUUGCUUCAGAGAUUCAACCUACUUGGAAUUUUUCUUCCAUUUCAUGCAGCAUACCUUAAUCAACAGGCUGCUGAAAUAUAUCAGAGUUCAACGAUGCUGAUGAAAUUGUUCUUCAAUUUGGAUAUGCUGGUUGGUUGUGAUCGACCUUGUGACUGCAGUCUAUGGGUUGGACUACUAGCAUUUCACCAAGCGUUAGUCACUAAUCCACAAGAUGGUUUUGUUGUCUGCGUCUUUGCUUCUGUCCUGUAUCAUGGAAAGUGGAAGGAAGGUGUUAAAUUUGCAAGAGAGAAUGCCAAAUUGCAAGUUAAAUUUAUACCUGAGAUCUCAGGGAUAUCUGAAUUUAAAUCAGAUAAAGAACUUGCAAAAGAAGUUAGUCAUUUAGCAGCACUGGUUCGAGAUUCUGUUGGUGCUUUGAUUGAUAGAGAUAUUCUCGUCCAUUCCAUGUCCAAAUACCCAGUUUCCCCUUGUUCUGGUUUGGUAUUUGUACCAAAGAAAACAGGAAAUUCUGUUGCUCAACUUUUUGAUGUGCUGUUGAACGAUGUUGAAUCUUACAAAAGUGGAAGAGAGAAUUUCAUGAUUGACUACUUUCUACUUGGGAAAGGGAAUGAAGAUGAGACUAGAUUUGUUCUUGGCAAAGUUAUUUUGGAAACCUUGGGCAGUGGACUUACUGAAGGAGGAACCAAGGUUGGGAGGGAAGAGCCUAUUGCCAUUGAACAGAAAAGUGAUGCAAAACCUUCUUAUUCAGAGAAGCAUCAAAUUGAAGUCUGGAAGGAUAGAAAACGUAAGAAAGAGGUGGCAUUGAAAGACAAAUUCCUGGAGGAGUCCAAGAAGCAUCAGAAACCAGAUGAGACAAGUCAAUUGCCUGAAGAAGAACUAAAUAUGAUGCGAGAGAAUAUGUUAGAGGAAAAAAAGCAUCAUUUGCAAGGCCAGGCAAUGAAUGAUGAUAGAUACGAAACUGUUCAGGAGAAGUGCCAGGAUACGGGUAGAGAACAUAUUAAGGUGAUAAACAAAAUGAAGCAUCAUCUGUUACAUGAUUAUGAGUCUAAGCAGUCAAAUGUGUUGUCUGGGGUUAGUAAUUUAAGCAACAACGAGAAAAUGAAGUGGGAAGAAAAGAAAGAUUGCCAUCUAUUAUUGCAAGAGGUGGUAAAGGAGAAGACUGAAAAACUCGAAAAGAUAUUGGUCAAGGGGAAAUGUGGUCAGCCUUCUUUGUCCAGUCUUUUCAGGAGGUGAGAGUAUUAGUUGAUGUAAAAUACAUGCAUACCAUUAUGGAGCAGCAUUGCUGGUCUUUGUUUUUAGGGAACAGAAUUGCCAUUAAGGUUCAGUGAAACCAAGAAGCUGAUGGCCGCUUGUUUUACUUCAACACCUCCCUUUUAACAAAAUGAAAUGAUUAUUCGGUUUUGCAAGUUUGAUAGAAUUACCAUUCUUAGAGCUCUUCCAACUAAUUCUCGAUGAAUUUCAUUGUUCCGUGUCAUUAUUUUUCUUUUGAUGAAAAUAAGAUAUGGGCUCAAUGCCCAUUGCAAGUUAAAACAUGGGCUCAUUCAUGUACAGAGAUCUAAAUUACAAGAAAGGCAACCUCCCCCCUCAAACCCAAUCUCCAGCGCCGAGCAGGCUCUGAAAUUGGCCGAGUCACCUAGAUCAAGGCACAAGCUGAACAAGGAAAGAACAUCAGCCCAGAGCGUCGAAGCCAGAAUUGACGGGGGAGCAUGUCUAUCUAUUGAUAUUUGGGCAAAAGGUAGUGAAAGUAUUUCAGAACUUAUAAAAUUGUAAGUUUCAAAAUUCAAUUGAAAUUUAAAUAAAAAAUAAUUAAUAGUCUGGUAUACAACAAUCAUUUGGAUUAUUGGGUAAAUGCCCAUUACCAUUAUC